UCCUCUGUAAUUCCUUCCGCCAUCUCUCCUCACACACUCCCUCCCUCCCUCUAGAUUCACACAAUUUCCCCCUAAAACAAACCUAAUCUUCCUCUUCUCACUUCUCAAUUUUCAAAUCCAGUUGUUUCGUGCCGUAAUUGAACUCAAAUCAAGUUGUUUUUCCAAUGGCAUCCGAUAAUUUGAUGGCGAUGGAGCUGCCGUGGAUGUUCCGCCCCACAUUCGGCGAUUCCUGGAUCGCCGACAUCCAAACCGAUACCCUAACAAAGGCUCUCCAGAACUCGAUCUCCACCACCUCGUCCGACGGCGACGCCUUCGCCAAGCCCUCUCCGCCGACCGCCUCCGAGAACGACGCCGCGGCGCCGAAGCAGCGGCGGAGCCUGCCCCCGUGCGGCAGGGUCUCGAAGCGGAAGUCGCGGGCGUCGAAGCGCGCCGCGACGACGUUCAUCGCGGCGGAUCCGGCGAACUUCCGGCAGAUGGUGCAGCAGGUGACCGGGGUGAGGUUCAGCGGGCAGCUGGCAGUGCUGAAGCCGGAGCCGCAGAGGGCGUUCGGCCGGAUGCAGCAGCCGUCGUCAUUUGACACGCUGGAUGGCUCGAGCGCCGCGGCGGCGGUUGGGUUGAAGUCGUUUUGCAGCUUCCCGACGCUGGAGUCGUGGAAGGUUAUGUAGUUGGGGAGUGAAAUGUAAUUUUACUUCUGUUUAUGUGUUUCCAAGUUAGAGAGGCUGAGGGGAGGGAUCUGUUAAUAUCUGGUUGGAAAAUCAAGUUGCUUGCAGCUCUGUUUUAUAAUUUCCAAAUUACGUUUUUCAGUUAA